UGAUAAUCCACCUACGUUAAAAUUGGGGUUUCCCAUUUUGCUUAUAUUUAAUGACCCUUUUUAAAUAACUCCAACAAACCACCACUGUACACCAACACUACCCAAAAACCUCCCUAUUCACUCUCUCUCUCUCUCUCUCUCUCUCUCUCUCUCUGAUGUGGUCGCCAUGGUUGAGAUCACCAAGCAGAAUUCAAAGACCAAAAUCACGUUCAUCAAGCUUCUCUUGCUCAUCUUUUAAAGAUAUCCAAACCCUUUGCAAAGAAGAAUCCGAACCCAACCACCAAUCCGGGUACCUCAGCCCCAGAACCGCCUCCAUUUUCCACCGGGUCAAGAUCCUCCGCGUCUGGGCCCACCGUAAUUCCACCAUCCCCACCCUACCAGAUGGUGAUCAACGGAUCGUAAUCUACUACACUAGCCUCCGUGUCGUGCGGAAGACCUUCGAGGCCUGCAGAGCCGUCCGAUCUAUUCUCAGGGGGUUUCGUGUGCCAAUGGACGAACGAGAUGUGUCUAUGGACGCCAAGCUUCUAGACGAGUUACAGGGGAUUAUUGGGCAUAAGAAUCUGAACCUCCCUGUGGUUUUCAUCGGUGGGAGAUUCAUUGGUGGGGCAGAAGAGAUCAAACAGCUUCAUGAGCGUGGGGAAUUGAACAGAUUGAUCCAAGGGCUGCCAGUUGUGGACCCCAGAGGUUGUGAUUCUUGUGGAGGGCUGAGAUUUGUUGUGUGUGAUCUAUGUGAUGGAAGCCAUAAGGUCUACAUGGAGAAGAGUGGGUUUAGGACUUGUAUGGCCUGCAAUGAGAACGGUUUGAUCAGAUGCCCUGCAUGUUCUUCCCUGCGAUGCGCCACACACGAGUGUAGCUGGGAAUCGACUCGUGGAAUACUGGGAUACAAUGAAAUAAAAAUCUGAAAAAAAAAAAAAAAAUUUCGUUUCCCUUUUUUAUUUUUUUUCCUUUAUAUAUAAACUUUUUUUUCCUUCUUGGAUAUAGAUUGGGUUCUUUUUUUGUU